AUGGAUCGAAUUUAAAAAGUUAACUAUUUAAAAGAUGUUGAAACAUAUUUAGAAAGUCAUAAAGUAUAUUCUAUUUUCGAAAAUUUAUUAAAAGACUUGAUUAUUAGUUAACCUGAAAAGCCUAUUGACUAUUUAAUUAAUAAAAUUCAAGAGCCUAAAUUAAAAAAAGUAUUUUUGGUUGGUCCUCCAGGCUCUAGAACUUCCGAAUUGGCCUCUUAAUUAGCGAAUGAAUAUAAAUUUGCAUGCAUAAGCAUAGGAGAGAUAUUAAAAAAAUAGAUUUCCAUGAAGAAUAUUUAUGGGUAAGAAAUUGAGAAAUCUUUUUAAUAAUUAUCUUAUGUAAAAGAUGAUAUUAUUAUUUAAUUAGUAAAAUAAGAAAUCGAAUAAUUGGAAAGCAAUAAAUAAAACUAUUUUUUGGAAGGUUUCCCUAAGACUAGAGUUUAAGCUAUUGCUUUAUAAAAGGCAGGUAUUAUUCCGGAUACAUUUAUUAUUAUAAAUAAAGAUGAUAAUAAUAUUAAAAAGUCUUGUUAAGAGAAAAUUUGUUAAAAUAAAGAUGGUUUUUUUUCAAAUUAAAUAAUUGAAAACAAAAAUAAAAAUUCUUAAAAUUAUGCUUUGGAAUAUUAAUUUAUUUAAAAAUAAAAAAAUAAUAUAUAAUAAAAAUAAAAGCAUUUGAUGUAAUUCAAAAUAAAUCCAAAAUCCCCUAAAAGAGUUGCCAAAAUUAUUGUUACAGGUCCUCCAGGUUCCGGAAGAACAAAAUUGUCUAAAAAUUUGGCAAAAAAGUAUGGAUUAGUAUAUAUAUCAACAACUGAAUUGAUAAGCAAUUAAGUAAAUUUAAAAACUGAAGUGGGAAAAGUAUGUAUGUAAAUUGUAAGUUAGGGAGAUUGUGUUCCUGAUGAAAUAAUAAAUGGUUUAAUUGAUAAUAGAAUAAAAUAGACAGAUUGCCAUUUAUAAGGAUUUGUAUUGGAUGGAUUUCCUAAAAACAUAGUAUAGUUAUUAAGUUUGCAAGACCUUUAGAUAGUUCCUACUUUGAUUGUCGAAUUAGAAUUAUCAGAUGAUAUUGUUUUGUAAAGAUUUAAAGAAAAAAAAGUUGAUCCUGAGUCUGGUAUAGUUUAUGAUAGAUUAAAUCCUACAAAUGAUCCUUAAAUAACUAAGAGACUUUUAUAAAAUCCAAAUGAAUAAAAUCAUAUUAUUAAUAAAAGAUUGAGAAUAUGGAAAGAAAAUUAAAAGCAUUUUCAUUAGCAUUAUAAUCAUUUAAUUUUCAAAACUUCAGGAAACUUAACUCCUAAGAAUAUAUUGGAAAAAGUUAGUUUUCAUUUGGAAAAUUAUGAAAAUUGA